CUCUGUCGCCUGGACAUGAGGCGAGUGCCUUUAAGGGAACCUUAAAAUAACAGCACUGCCUGGGAGAUCUGAUGAAUGUAACAGGUGCAGAGAUUAUUUCCAGUCUAUGUGUGUGCGUCUGUGUGUAGCAGCAAGAGGGGGAGAGCGAAAAAAAAAAAAGCAGAAAGGGGGAGAGCACAUUGAUGUCCCUGCUGCGUCUCUGUAGCCUGAGAAACUUACAGCAGAUUGCCUUUCAGCAACCUUAAUACUGGGAGAAAAGAAGGAAGAAGGAAGAUCGGAGACCGAAGCAAAAAGCCUUGCAAGAUCCAACAGGUUUGGUUGAUCUUUUUCUUUUUUUUUUCCAUUCCUCUUAUUUCAAGGGGAACAACACUAGCCAUCACACAAAUGAUGUGGCCUAAUUUUUUCAUGCAAGAGGAGGAGCAACGCUUCUCAGGAAGAGGUAGAGGCCAACGUGGAAAGGGCCUGACUGAUGCCCAGGAGGGCAAGAUCAAGCUGGCAUUUUUCGUGGCCCUGGUUGGGGUGACUCUUACAGUUCUGGCCGUCGGGACGGAGUUUUGGGUGGAGGUCAACACAUACAAGCAGAACCAUAGCUUGACGUGCGAAGCUGCCCAUUUCGGGCUGUGGAAGUUCUGCUACAAGAAAUUGUGGGUGGAAGACGUGGAUGAAUACCGAGCAACCUGUGGCCCCGCAGAGCUUCCCGGAGACUCCAACUGCUCUUAUUUCAAGUUUUUCACUACUGGUGAAAAUGCGCACAUAUUUCAACGUGUUACUCAUAAAGAUCUGAACAUUUCUGCUGCUGUUAUGUCUCUUCUUAGCAUCACCUUUAUGGUAAUGGGAUCAAUUUGUAUCACUAUGGUUCUGAGCAAAGGAGUAGAGUUCCUCCUGAAGCCAGCAUCCUUCUUUUUCAUUCUUUCCGGUACUUUUGUCCUGAUCACCAUGGAGCUAUUUAGGCAAGCAGUCAGGUGGCUAAUGGCAAGCAAUCAGAACGUGCCCCUGGAAUACGAGUACUCUUGGUCUGUGGCUUGUGCGGCAGCGGCAGGGGCCAUAUUGAUAUUUGGCGGGGGUUGCUGCUUGAUCCUGGUGUUGCCUGCUUUGCCUAAGAAGCCCUGGGAAUACUGUCUGAAGAAAGGAACCACCUCAUAAGGAAAGAGAAGGAGGUUGUACUCGUACACAUGUCACUAGCCAAGGGGGCUAGGGAACCAUGCACUGUGCCCUGGUGUCUAACUGAGAUGCCCUUUGCUUAGAAGGGCGACUGUUUGUUUACCUUAUUGUGUUUUCAUGCACCUGAUCCAGGUUUACAGUCGAUAUUCAGACUGUCGGAAUGGUGGCUACGGCAAAAACAAAAGUUUUCCACAUUCAACCCUUUAAUGGACCUGACAUUUUUUUUUUCUCUCUCUCUCUCUUUGUAAAUAUGCUUUAUUGCUUGUAUUUUAUUCGGGGGGGGGGGUUAGGGUCAAGGGAAGGGAUUAUUGUAUAGAACCCAUGAUGAAUCUGGUGUCCUAUUGUACUGUGCUAUUAAAGUUUAUUUUUACUCCGCUGUGUGUCUGCCUUUGACGAAAACCAGGUUUACAUGUGAUCCGUGCCUUGCGCUUCUUCCCUGCAUCAUAACAGCUCCGAAGAUACGACCAAGGACGCCGUAUUUAAUGUAUAGCCCAUCUCUAUGGCAAUCGCAGAUGGUAAAAAUGCACAGCUUUGUAUAUCAGGUUCAAUGCCACUAUAGCAAGGGAGAGCAAAGCUUUGUAUUAGUGGCACACAGUCCUUCUGCCCUGUUCUGGGGUACAUAUAGUCAUGUGGUGGUCUUACAGUGGUCUCAAUUCAAUUCAGCUUCUGUCUAAUUUAGUGAUCCCCAACCAGUGGCUCAGGGGUAACAUGUUGCUCCCCAACCCCUUGGAUGUUGCUCUCAGUGCCCCCAAACCAGGGAGUUAUUUUUGAAUUCCUGACUUGGGGGCAAGUUUUGGUUGAAUAAAAACAAGAUUUCCUACCAAAUAAAGCCCCUGUAAGCUGAUAGGGUGCAUAGAGGCUGCCUAAUAGCCAAUCUUAGCCCUUAUUUGGCUCCUCCAUGAACUUUUAUGGUGCUUGUGUUGCUCCCCAAGUCUUUUUACAUGUGACUAUGGCUGAUAAGUAAGAAAGGUUGGGGAACCCUGGUCUAAUCUAAUAGGCGUUGUACCCAGGACAUUUCCUCCCUCACUCAGGGCCCCUUAUCUUUGGGAAUAAGGCAUUUUUCAUAAAUAUAUAAUGAAACUGCUUAUUAGUUUCACCCCCCUCUGGAAGCAGUCACAGUGUCCUCUAUAGUUACCCCAUAUCUUCUCUUUGAAUUUGCAUUGGCAGCACAAAUAUGAUCAAAAGCUGCCAUAUUGCUUUUCUUACCUACAGCAACAGAGCUGCCUAAUGGUGGAGGCGGAGUAGAAGCUCACACUCUUGAUUGCAAAUACGUUCAAUGCAAACGAUGAGCUAAAUGCCAUCUGUCUAAGGGAUAAUAAACAAAAGAUAAAUGCCUCUAAUAAAUACAGUCCCUUUAUGGCCAUUUGCAAAUCACAGAAUGGCUUUAUUGGCUUCCCGGGGCAUCAAUUGGAAACAACCUACAACUUUUUAUUAACGUUUUUACCAGCGUGACUGCCUUUAUGCUUUUAAAGGUACACGGCUGAGCCAGAUGCUCCCCAACUGGAGAUUUGUAUUGUUGUUUUUAAGUUGGUAAUAAUGUUUUUGCACAUUCUAAAAGCCUUUGGAAAAAAAAAAGCAAAAUGCAAGAUCUCUCCCACCCACCCCCAGGGCAGAGCAGGGCCGUUCCGUGCUGACAGUGCAGAUGAAAGUGGAUAGUUUACCCUGCUAUAGUUACAGAGCCUAAAAUAACUGGUUACCAUCUGUGAUAUACAGGCGCCAUUUUUGUCAUUCCUUCACCAAUUAUCAGCCUUAAGCUCUUUUCUUAAUGGUUUAGAAAUCACCUCCUCUCUCAUACACACAAAACAAUGGAGGAAAAUGCUUUAUAAAGAGUAUAUAUUAGGAGAUAUGGACUGCACUUUGUAUAUAUAUUUAUAAAAUGUAUAGGUCUUGCAGAAAUAUAUUUAUAUAUAUAUUGUAUCCAACAUGAGUGUGUUUUGUUGCAGUGUGUAACCUUGCCAUUUCACCACUAAGAAAAAUAAAGCCUUGAGUAGUAUUGUUGGA